GGAACGACUGUGCGCGCGCGACGUAAUUAUUGCUACUCACGUGUUGAUCCGUACCGUACACGAACGUCGUCGUGGUCGUCGUCGUCAUCGCCGCCGCCGUAGUCGUCGCGAUAGUCGUUUAAGUGAGUUCGUUUCGUUACUGUACUGUAUAAUAUCGUCGGCAUUUCGGGGUUUUUUUUUCUGGACGAUUUUUCGAGACGACACCUGCAAUAAUAUACGCACGAUAAUAACAAUAACAAUAAUAGUAGGUAUAUUAAAAAAAAAUAAUAAGCACGUUACUGCAGUGCACGCAGUGAUGCGUUUCGGCGGCUUGCGACAGCAGUGAUAAGCGAACCGCGGGAACGCAAUGAUGACCAUGAUGAUGAUGCAACGUCUGCUCCAAAACAACAACAAUAACAACAACAACUCCAACAACAAUAACAAUAACAACAACAACGGUUACGCAGACGAGAUGAGGCUGAACGGCAUACGUCACCAUUCAGCAAGUCCAUUUUCGAAACCAGCCGCCGUGCAGGCCGCGGCGCCCGACAGCUGCGGCGGCGAACCAGACGCGCUGACGUUGCAACCGUCGGCCGGCUGCACUGAACCGCAGCUACAGUCCGUCUCGCCGCAGUUCGUCUGCACCGGUACGGCGAAGGCCGCCGCCGUGCAAGCCGGCCCAACGUGCACCACAGUGGUGACCGUGGCCCCCGCGGACGACCGGCUGACGUCCGACGAGGACGACGAGCUGAACGUGGACGAGCUGAACGUGGACGAGCUGAACGUGGACGAGCUAAACGUGGACGAGGACCCGGUGGACCUGACCAACAACCGGUUGCACGGCGGCCGGGUCGGCGCCGGCCACGGACUGAUGCUGCACUGCGACCGCGGCGCCGGCAGCCUGCGCCCGCAGGCAGGGAGCGUGGCCGCCGUCGUCCCGAUGGACACCACGGCCGCGGCCAACGAUUACGAGACGAGCGGCAACAGUAAGGGCCGGCUCGCGUUUUCCGUCGAGAACAUACUCGACCCGAACAAGUUCACCAGAAAACUGAUGGCACCCGCCGCCGUCCUGCCCAGGUGGAGGCCGCGGGUCGACUUCGCCACCGACCCUUCCGCAGCCGGUGAAGAAUGUUCGCGCAACUACAUAAUGGACGAGGACGACGAGGACAUCAGCGUGAGCGGCGACGGUUGCGGCAGCGACAUGAGCGACGACCGGGACAAGGUCAGUGGCGACGGAAGUUCGUCGACUGGCGCCGGCGGCGGCGCAGGCAGCGCGAAAAAGUCCAAGUCGUCUUCCGACCACUGCGGCGGAGGCGUUGGCGGCGGUGGCGGUGGCGGAGGCAGUUCGAAAAACGGAGGCAGCGGCAAACCACGGCGCGCCCGGACGGCGUUCACGUACGAACAGCUGGUGGCGCUCGAGAACAAGUUCAAGACGACGCGGUACCUGUCGGUGUGCGAGCGGCUCAACCUGGCGCUGUCGCUGUCGCUCACCGAGACCCAGGUGAAGAUAUGGUUUCAGAACAGGCGGACCAAAUGGAAGAAGCAGAACCCCGGGCUGGACGUGAACAGCCCGACGGUGCCGCCGCCCGGCCCGGCCGGGUCGUCGGCCACCGGCGGGCCGCCGUUCUUCCACCCGCUGGCCUACUCGGCCGCGCAUCACUACCAGACGCAGAGCUACUCGGCCGCCGCGGCCGCCGCGUACUUCCACCACCUGGGCGCGCACCACUCCACGAUCGGUGGCCACCAUCCGCCGUCGUAAUGUCCCGUCUCCCGUUCCUAAAUAUUGCAAUAAUAUUAUAAUAACGCGACCGCGUGCCCCCUGCACCGUCCACGGCCGCCGGCGCGCGACGACCGCGGCGAGACGGCGUCCGUCAGAUCUCAAAAUAAUAAAAAUAAUAAUAAUUGUGUACGAUAUUAUCAUAUUUUUUGCGCCGCCGAGCCGGAAACGGCUUUGGCAUGUCGACGAGACACCGCGACGACAAUAAUAGUUAUUAUAACGAUUUACAGUAGUCGCCACUGAUCCUCGCCUGUCGGACCUAUAGCUGUGGUCCAGAUUUACGCGACGUACCAACACAUGGGAAAAAAAAUGCCUUUAAUGCUUACUGGCUAUACAUCACUGCAGCAUGUGGGUUAACCACGGGGCCGAUGUGUAUUUUUAAGUGCAUUUUUCCACAUAGUUUUAGACCGUUUUCCCGAUUUGAUCGCAUAUUUUUCGACCAUUAACGCGUUAUUUCUUCGAUGUUUUUGAAAAUAUUUUUUUACAAAAUCUGAAGUCGUUGAAAAAAAAUAUUUUUGAGAAAAAAAAUAUUUGUAUCGUUAUCAAAUUUCAUAUUAUGUGUUUUUCUUAAUGGACGAGAUAAAUAAGUUACACGUUGUUUAAAAUAAAUAUUAAUUAUUACCAAGAGUAGGUACACCUAUACUGUAUACAAAAAAAUAGAUUUUUUUUACUACGACAUGCAAUAUUAUGCAUAAAUCUUUUUAUUCUUUGACCUUUAUCGCAUUAGUUAUAUCGACUUAUCCGGUUAAUGUAGACUCAAAUGCUCUGGACCCGGAAAGUGAAUCGAAUAAGUGGCGACUACUGCAGUGGUAUUAUAUAAUAUUUAAAACGAUACUAUACGAAUAUGCGAGGUGGUCGGUUCGUUGCAGCACAUCGUCCGGAAUCGUAUUUUUGUCACUCGAAAAAACGGGUUUCCUGGACCAAAAUUCCGAGUCCAGACCGCUGCAGCUGGGUGUUCACUGCGGUAUUUAAUGUUCUAUACCAACAGAUAACCGUGAAUACUUGGAUCCAUAUAUCAUAGGUAUAUAACGUAUAAUAUACGUAAAUAAUAUAAUAUAUUAUAUAUUAAUAUGUACCCGCGUAUUAUGACGCUGAUAAUAAUAUUAUGUCGUCGUGAUGUUAUGAUAAUAUUUUAUAGCUAAUGUUUUCCGUACCCCUUCUGCGCCCAUCACCGCAAACCCAUAUGAUAAUAAUAUUAUGUAUAUUAGGUAUCUUGUGUAAACUAUUACGAUUUUACGUCUUAUUCUUGUUAUAUAUAUAUCAUGACAUAAUUCAAUAUAUUGUAAUAAUAUAAUAUUGAUCUAUGGAAGUGGUCAUUCGUAAGGAUCCGAACCGUGUCUGCAAUAGUCGAGCGAUCGACACGUAUAAAAGCAUAUAAUAUAUUAUUAUUGUGUAUCCACGUGGAUAUAAUUGUUGUUAUCAUACUAAUUAUGUGUAUAUUGUGUCGUGUAGGUGUAAUGAUAUCAGGCCUCAUGAAAUGUAUCGGUUGGUUUUUGGACCAAACCUUAAGGUUACCUAAACGUGUUAUAAUACUGCGGGAUAUGUUUCGCGUUGUUCCGUACAAACUUUGUGUAAGAGGUGCCUAUAUAAUAUCCUAUUUUGGCGUUAUGCAAACGUUAGAUUUUUAAGGGUAUCAGAAAUUCUCAAAAAUCUAGUUCCGCGGAUACCUCUAUACACCAAAAAUAGGAGGUUUGGUGACGACGAUAUUGUUGUGUUAUUGCUUUUACAAGUUUCAAUAUUAAUCAGACAGAUAGCCAAGUACACUCAGUGGAAUCCCACGUUCACAAAAAAGGUUUUCUAUUCGACUGAGUCGACUGACAUAUUAUGAGAACAUUAUCAAAGUUUUUACGGAACAGCCUGAAUCACUCUGCAGUACCUAUAGGUACGUCAUGAUACAUCUCGUGUAAACUCAUCAAAUAAAUUAUGUAUAUUUUAUAUUAUUGUUGUUUUGUUUACCUAUCUGUUUUUAUGUUUAUUGUUUGUAUUAUUAUUAUUAUUAUUAUUAUUACUACACACUCCUCGGCCGAGUCGAGUCGGGCCGAGGUAAUUAUCGAAACAGUUUUUUUCGUUUGAUUUUAUCGCAUAUCCGACCUGCAAAUGCCCACCGAUCACAUUUUGCAAUAUUAUAUCAAUUUAAUACAAAUAUAAUUACUAUUUUUAUACACAUUUUUAUUGUUAGAUAAUAUUA